AUGGCGGGCGGGGGCUGCCCACAGCGCCUGGCGCUGCUGCUGCUGCUCGCCCUGGGCCGCGCCGCGGCUGAGAACUGUGUAUGCAAAGGUAAAAGCCCCUGCUUUUGUGAUAGCGUGAAAGGCAAUAAGGGUGAAAAAGGCUUCCCUGGUGCUCCAGGACCACCUGGUCAUAGAGGCUUUCCAGGUCCAGAAGGGCCUCCAGGACCACAGGGACCAAAGGGUUCACCAGGGCCUGUGGGCUUGGCUGGACCCAAAGGUAUACGAGGAGUCCCAGGAAUCCCUGGAUUUUCAGGUCCCCCAGGCCUUCCAGGUGAACCAGGAAUUGCUGGCCACCCUGGGCGCUCAGGUGUUCCAGGUUGCAACGGCACAAAGGGUGAUCGGGGUUUCCCAGGUCCUCCAGGUAGAAGAGGUGCUCCAGGCAUUCCAGGUAUUGCUGGCAUCAAAGGAGAUAAGGGGUGCCCUGCAGAUGGAUAUGACCAAGGAUAUGGUGCAAAAGGUGAUCCUGGAUUGCCAGGAAUGCCUGGGCAUCAGGGUGCUCAGGGUGUUCAAGGAUAUCCUGGGGAAACUGGACCACAGGGCCUUCCAGGAACUUCCGGAAUACCAGGGAGACCAGGACCUCCUGGACCUAAGGGUCUUAUGGGAAUGAAAGUAAUAGGAACCAAAGGAAGAAAGGGAGACACUGGAUUAACUGGACCGCCUGGACCACCAGGAACUGUUAUUGUUACAUUAAGUGGACCAGACAACAUGACGGACUUGAGAGGAGAGAAAGGAGAAAAAGGAUCAAGAGGACUUCCAGGGCCAAUGGGAUUUACAGGGCCAACUGGUGAUUCUCAGAGUGAAAAGGGUGACCAAGGAGAACCUGGAGCACAGGGUAAACCUGGUAAAGAAGGUGCUCCGGGUCUACCUGGAUUACCGGGAGAAAAUGGUGAACAGGGCAAACCAGGACUGGCUGGUAGACAAGGAGCUAAGGGUGUAAAAGGAAACACUGGUCCACCUGGAGCUUGUGGUCAAACAGAGUAUUAUGACGUAGUUGGUGAAAAAGGAGAUGCAGGACCUCCUGGACCUCCAGGACCCAAAGGGCAACGUGGCAUGCCUGGGCCACAGGGUCCUCCUGGAGAUGCUGGUAGACCAGGUGUGUCAAGACCUGGUCUGAGAGGUCCCCCAGGAUUUCCUGGGCUGAAAGGAACAAAGGGAGAAAAAGGACAGGUGGGCUCGUGUAUUAUAGGCCCUCCAGGACUGCCUGGGAUUACUGGCAGAAUUGGUUCUGUUGGGUUGCCAGGUCCUCCGGGAGAACCAGGUGGAGUAACUUUUAGAACAGGCCUACCAGGACUCCCUGGACAGCCAGGGUGUGCAGGACCUCCAGGACCUCCAGGAGACAUGGGCAUGAAAGGUGAUGAAGCUUGCAUGUGUACUGAUUGCAGCUAUAUUCCGGGAACACCUGGUCUGCCUGGUUCUCCUGGGCCACGUGGCCAGGAUGGCAUCCCUGGUAGAGAAGGAGCACCAGGUCCCAAAGGAGCUCCAGGUUCUCCAGGUGCACCAGGGUUUCCAGGAGCUCAAGGACCUCCAGGUUUUAAAGGAGAUCAAGGACGUAAGGGCUCAAAAGGUGAGCCAGGGUAUGUGUAUCCAGAGGGACCAAAAGGGGAGCAAGGAGAUCCAGGACCCAGGGGAGACAAAGGGAGAAAGGGAUCAAGUGGAUUUCUGGGAAGACCUGGCUCUAAAGGUUACAAAGGUUCUAAAGGUGAAGAGGGAUUGGCUGGUUCAAAAGGAGAUAGAGGACAACCUGGAUUGCCUGGUAACCCUGGUUUUCCUGGAGAGAUGGGGCUUCCUGGACUGCCAGGAUAUGGACCACAAGGAAUAAGAGGUGUCAAAGGCUCUAAAGGACUGCCUGGUCCACAUGGAUUGCCUGGAGAAGCUGGUCUGAAAGGAGAGACCAGAAGGAUAGCUCCAUUGCCUGCGUUGCCAGGACCUCAAGGACCAGAUGGCUUACCCGGACCCCCAGGAGUGCCUGGUAGGAUUGGAACAAGUGGUCAGCCAGGUGAUGUGGGGCAUCCAGGGCCAACAGGUGACACAGGCUUUCCAGGGCUUGGGUUUCCUGGAAAUCCGGGCCCAAAAGGAGACAAAGGACUUCCUGGAAGCAGAGGGGCACCAGGUUGUGAAGGAAAGAUUGGAGAGCCAGGCCGCGCUGGAAAUCUAGGACAACCAGGAGAGAAGGGUGACCCAGGCAUGAUUAUUCCUGGAGAGCCAGGCAAACUAGGUUCACCAGGAGGUCGUGGCAUUCCUGGCCCAAAAGGUGAUACUGGAUUUCCAGGACUUCCAGGCUUACCAGGGCAAGCUGGACGUGAUGGCAAUAGUGGCCUAAGAGGAGAUCCAGGCUCAUCUGGUGUUCCUGGGGAUCCAGGUUUUCCAGGGAAACCGGCUGAAUGUCUUACUGGCCUGCCAGGUUUGCCAGGUGCCCAGGGAGCUACAGGCCCACCAGGAAGAAGAGGUUCACUAGGUUCAAAAGGCAAACUAGGUCCUCCUGGUUUGGGUAUCCCAGGAAUUGCUGGAAAGCCUGGGGAACCUGGAUUAAUAGGUCUCCUGGGAAACACAGGAUUACCUGGUCUCAAGGGGCAGACUGGAAGGCCAGGAGUCUUUGGUGUGCCAGGCCCUAGAGGAGAGCCAGGUAUAAUGGGGCCGUUAGGAAUUCCUGGACCCCCUGGCAGGAUUGGAAGUCCAGGCAACCCUGGUAUCAGAGGUUCUUUUGGCUCUCCAGGGCUAAAAGGAAGAAAAGGGUUUCUUGGAGCACAAGGCGAACCAGGUGACAAAGGUUUUCCUGGACCAUCUGAAACCUUGGUUGUGAUUGGAAAUAAAGGAGAACAAGGCUCAAAAGGAGUUCAAGGAAGAAUGGGCCUAAAAGGAGAAAAAGGAGAUGCAGGUGUCCAAGGUUCCCCAGGUCUUAUUGGAUCUGAAGGAGUACCUGGUGUACCAGGUGUCAAAGGAUUUAUGGGUCUUCCAGGGAUUCCUGGAGGACAAGGAUUUCCUGGUGCACCAGGAAACAAAGGGAACAUGGGAAUUCCAGGUCAAAAAGGACAGAAGGGAUCUCCGGGCUUUCCAGGAACUUCGGGUGACCCUGGUCCAACAGGCUAUGGUGGCUUUCCAGGUGAAAAAGGAGACCCUGGGCACCCCUCUCCUGGACUCCCAGGAGAACCUGGUCCUAAGGGAGAUCCAGGGGCUCCUGGGGCCUUGGGCAGGAAAGGAGAAAAAGGAUCCCAAGGUCAGCCAGGACAUAAAGGAGCACCAGGACUACCUGGGUUCAGAGGAGAAACAGGAGUUGCUGGAAACCCAGGGAGACUUGGACUUCCUGGAGAUGUUGGUGUUAAAGGACAGCAGGGCCACCCAGGACAACAGGGUGUUACAGGCCCUCCUGGUGCUGCUGGAUACCCUGGAGAAAAUGGACUUGCUGGUGAAAGAGGUAAUCAGGGUCAGGACGGUAUGCCGGGUGCCCCAGGACUAAAGGGAGAACCAGGAGCACCAGGGAGAGGAAUCCCUGGCCUUCAAGGUGUUCCUGGUCGUAGAGGAGUCAAAGGGGACAUGGGGCUGCCUGGUUUUCCUGGGCCACCAGGUAUGAAAGGUCAUCAGGGUGACCAAGGACCCAUUGGACCUCCUGGCUUAAUGGGAUUACCUGGAUUUCAAGGAGCAACAGGCAUGGCAAUUACUGGCCCAAAAGGGAAUAGAGGCAUUCCUGGUGCAGAUGGAAGACCAGGUAUUCCUGGUUUUCAAGGGCUGCCUGGUCUUCCCACUAUGAGCAUAAAAGGAAGCAAAGGUGUUAGGGGAGCAGAUGGCAUACAAGGACCAAUGGGCCCAGCUGGUGACAGUGGUCCUCCGGGUCCAAAAGGAGUAGAAGGUCGGCCAGGUUAUCCUGGUGCUAGAGGGGAUCCUGGCUUUCUUGGAUUUCCAGGUGUAAAAGGAGAAAAGGGUAAUCAAGGACCACCUGGACCACGAGGGGCAGAAGGACCAAGGGGACCAAAAGGCCAACCUGGUCCACCUGGUGUCUCUGGGAGAAUAUUCUCUGUCCCUGGGAGCAAGGGGCCUCCUGGACUGCCAGGAAUCCCAGGCACACCAGGUGAUCAAGGAAUUCAAGGGAUUCCUGGAUUACAAGGACCUAAAGGAGUAAAAGGUCUACCAGGAAGUUUUGGUCGUCCAGGUCAACCAGGACAGCCUGGUCCAAAAGGAGACAGGGGAUUUCCAGGACAAAGAGGACAACCUGGAUUGAUUGGCUUCCCUGGCCUACAGGGAUUGCCUGGAUCACCAGGUACUACCACCACUGGUCCAACAAGAAGAGGUUUUAUCUUCACUCGACAUAGUCAAUCAACAAAGAUUCCUUCAUGCCCACCUGGGACAUCACAAAUCUACAUUGGCUAUUCACUGCUUUUUGUACAAGGAAAUGAACGAGCGCAUGGACAAGACCUUGGAACAGCUGGUAGCUGCUUGCAGAGAUUUACCACCAUGCCGUUCUUAUUCUGCAAUACCAAUGAUGUGUGCAGUUUUGCUUCUCGCAAUGACUAUUCAUACUGGCUGUCAACUGCAACAGCAAUGCCAGUAGACAUGGCACCAAUUUCUGGUAAAGCACUGGAGCCCCAUAUAAGCAGAUGCAUUGUCUGUGAAGGACCUGCAAUGGUAAUAGCAGUUCACAGCCAAACAACUGCAGUUCCUGCAUGUCCAGGAGGCUGGAUAUCUCUCUGGAAGGGAUUUUCUUUUGUUAUGUAUACAAGUGCUGGCUCAGAAGCUUCUGGCCAAGCACUGGCGUCUCCUGGAUCUUGUCUGGAAGAAUUUCGAGCCAUCCCAUUCAUAGAGUGCCAUGGCAGGGGGACGUGCAACUACUACACAAACUCCUACAGCUUCUGGUUGGCAUCACUAAAUCCAAGAAGAAUGUUCAGGAAACCUAUGCCACAGACAUUGAAAGCAGGAGAACUAGAAAACGUCAUCAGCCGUUGUCAGGUCUGCAUGAAGAGACCAGUCUAAACAAUGGCCAGUCUUGACAGAGCAUGAAACCCUGCUUUUAUUGCAAAGAAUUGCUUAAAUUUGGAGAGCUAUAAUUUAUUAAAGUCGAAUGGAAAUGCACCUGGAAAGAAAACUAUGCUUGCCAGUGCAGCACUGUGGUGAGGUAGGGCAACAGUUUGACUUUUGUCUUUGGCAAAUUACAAAGCACUUUGUUGGAUUAAGCUUGUAAUGACACAGUUUUGGAGAAGACCCUGCAGACUGUCAUCUCUAAGCUGCAUCUUCAUGAUAAAAUCUGUGGUAUUGCCAGUCUUUAAUGAAGGACAUUAAUGCUGCCUCGUCGUGUGCUUUUCAAAUGGCAAAGACAAACAAAAUGCUCUAAUAUCAGCUUACAGAUGAUCAGUGUUCAAAGCAGGUAUAAUUUAAGAUGAAAAUCCAGCACUUAUGAGAGACAGGUUCGAUAUGAAAUAUUUUCAGUGCACUUUUAAAUACAUAUUGAUUAAUUUAGGGUUGGUUUGGCUUGGUUUUCUUGUCUAAUAAACAAGCAUUUCCCCACUUAGCUCACCUUUCCUUGGCUGGGAAACAGGCAUACGGUAUUAUUUGUGUCACUGCAAUAAGAAUGACUUCCAGCUAGCCAGGAAGGAAGCUACACUGUGCACUGGGUAGACACUACAGUGCUGAUGUGCACUGGCUGUGCUCUCGAGUGACUUCAGCUAAGUGCUGCCUAAUUGAAAAUGUAAGAAAACCUUCUUUAGACACCAUGCUUUUGACAUAGAUUAUGGGAUCUUAAAAAUUCUUCAGAACUUGAUGGUAUUGAGCUUUAUUUUGUUCCCAUGGUUUUGUCUCUACUAAAGAACAAACAUUUAGCAUAUCAUAAUUUAAGAAAUCAGCAGAAUUUACAAUGACUCUGUGGUUAAGAAGCUCCCACAGCAUUACUGGGUUAUUACAGAGCCUCCAGGAAGUAAUCUGUAUUUUAUUUUCUUAAUAUUCAAUCUGAAAUAUUUAUCAUGAAUUAUAUACUAUUUUGAAAUAUUGAGCACAAACUCCUUCAGAUUUCAUUUAUUCCAUCCAGUUAAAUUCAUGCAUCCAAAACUGAAACAAGAUUGAUACUUAAAUUGUACCACUGAGCACUGACUUAACAAGAGAACCCAACUGCAAAUGAACAUGAAUACUUGAAAAGCACUUUCAUUUACUCAUAUAACUUAUAUAAAAUUGUAGCUCCGAUUUUUAAAAAAUAUUUGUAACAUUGCACUUGCAAGGCUAUUUAAAAUUGUAAUGUUAACAUUUAAAAUGUUAAUAUUUUAAUACUUGCACAAAUUAUCAGAAUUCCAGUAUUUAGUUUUAUAGUAGAAGCCUAAUUCAUCUGAAGAGUUCUGUAAAUAUACCAUUUUAAAUGUAAGGUAGAGCAAUACACUGAAAUAGCCAAGAUUUCUCCUUCAGAUCUUUUUUUA